CUAACCCUCUCCCCAUUUGGGUUAUACAUCCUGCUGCUCAACUCCAGCCAUUUGAGCAGGAAAAUGGGACCGGGACAAGCCAUGGAGAGUCUGCUAUCAAGCAUGCACUGCUCAAAUCACCACAAAACAGUGCCUAGAAGAUCUGUUCCCAAGGUGAACAAAUGCAUUCAAGUUAAUAUGGACUUGGAAGAGGAGAACCCCAGUGCAGACCUGAGCCUUUCUCUGACAGCUGGCCUUUCUGGGAAGUCAGAGUGUUGUCCAGGGAACACAUCACCUUCUCAGAAAGACAUUUCCUCCCACAAACAGUCUGUCAUGCCAGCUCUGCUACCACAGCUGCCUGCACCUCCACCCCUACCUCUUCCCCCUGUUUCCAUGCCUGGCAUAAAUGCCCCAUCACUCCCAUCUCCUCAGCUCUGCAGCAAUCCUGGGUGCAGGCAUCCCACCUGUGGAUGUGGGGAGCAGCCCCACACUAGGAAGACACCGAUGGUGAGGAUGAAGGUGCUUCACUGGCAGAAGCUGCCCUCUGACGUGGUGAGACAAAGCCGCUCCAUAUGGGCUGUGAUGCCGAGCAGCAGCAAGGAGCUUGUGGAACCUGAUUAUGCAACCUUGGAGCUUCUUUUCUCUGUCCCACCAAGGACACAUACAGAGAAAACAGAGCCAAAUAUAAAGAAAAUAAAAGAGGUACUUGGACUGCCCACUUUUUGUAGAAAAUGGCAAAGUUCUUGGAAGUGAAAAGCUUAUUAAUUUCUUUAUUGUUGUCAUGCAUUUAUUAUAA